CCCGUGGAAACCACCGGUUCCAUCCUCUCCCUUUCUCGUCACACCGUCCGGUGAACUGCAAUCACGGAGCCGAAAAAUAUCGUCUCCGCUACAGUCUUUUUCUUUCGGGUGGUGAAUUCCGUGUUCGUGUUGAAUUAGCUGCGAUGAGACAGCGCAACUGUUGUCUUGGAUGAGCCGUGUCAGAAAAUGCAGUAUGAAAAGAAUAGCGUGACAUAUUUUGUUUAGAUCUGAAAUGAGCACGAUUGAUAAUGUAUGAUCUGUUUGAUGACAUUUUGUGAAGAACUGAAAGUGUUUAGACCGAUUAGCCGCAGUGUCAGUGACACUGACAACGACACUGGAUUUGUAUCUGCGAUUAUCACAAAUGAAAGACGACUCUUUCUUAUUACGCUAUAUUCCAUAUAUUGACCAUGUUUGAUUAGACUACAGUCUAUCUUUUUUUGAUGAUCUUGAAUAGAAAUCAUCGCGAUUGAAUAUAAAUCAUUGCACCCCUUCAAAGCACUGCAAAGAGAGCAUAGGCUACCCCGUUUUUGUGAUCGCCUCUCUUCAUUGACGAUGCAAUACGGCACAAUGUACUAGUGACUAUUUUGAAUACAUUUUUAUAAAACAUAGAAGAAAAGUAAAUGAACAUUGCACUGCUAAAUAAUUUAAAUACAUUCAUGGAUUAUUGAUCUCCAAACUGCUGGUACAAUACUUUUAUUUUAUUCCCUGAGCAAUCUGAACAGACACAAUUCCCCUCCAGUAAAACUGAGAGCAGAACUUCUCUGUAAUGUUGGACAUUAAAAUGAAGGAGGUGUGUCGGAUCUGCGCCCGCGAGCUCUGCGGUAAUCAGCGGCGAUGGAUCUUCCACCCGACCUCCAAACUCAACCUGCAGGUGCUGCUGUCCCACGCCCUGGGCAGAGAGCUGACCCGUGAUGGCCGGGGGGAGUUCGCCUGCUCCAAGUGUGCCUUCCUGCUGGACCGCAUGUACCGCUUCGACACGGUGAUCGCCCGCGUGGAGGCUCUGUCCCUGGAGCGCCUGCACAAGCUGCUGCUGGAGAAGGACCGGCUGAGACAGUGCAUAGGAGGCCUGUACUGGAAGAACAACACAGAGGACCAGACCCAUGAUCAGACUGGGAUAGGGCUGGAGAGUACUGGGGCUGGAGGGACAGAGGGUGGUGGGCGGUCUGAGGGUGACUCCCCUGUGGUGGACCUCUCAGCCCUGCAGGAGGCCAGGUACAGCUCCGUGCUUCAGGACGACCUGGCCUAUUCUGUGUACGAGUCCUGGGCUGAUCACGAGGACCAGCAGAGUCUGGCCCCGGAGCACCAGCACCACACCCAGCAUCAUCACCUUCAAUGCUCAGGAUUAGAGACUCUGUCUGGUCAUCGCUCCAGGCGGUGCAGAGGGUGUGCGGCUCUCCGUGUGGCCGACUCUGACUACGAGGCUGUGUGUAAGGUACCUCGGCGGUUAGGCAGGAGGACCACGUCAUGUGGACCCUCCAACUGCUACUCAGGCAGUGCCAUGGGGGGUGAGGAGACCUCCACAGGGUCAGAGUCCACGCCUGUCCCCCCCGAGUCCCCUCCCAUGGGGCCAGAGAGCGACAGGACCCUGUGCGAUGGGGACACAGAGAGGAUAACCCUCAGCCCGGGCUCAUCGGUAGAAUCUUUGGACACAGCCAUGGAUGUGGCUCAGCCCUGCGCCGCUCACCAAGUUGGGGAAGAGGAAGUGCAGAGAGAGGGAGGAGAGAAGGACCCAGGGAGGGAUCAGUGUAGGGACCCUCGUCUCCAGGGGGAUGAUGCCCCCAGGGAGGGGUCAGUCUCUGGGUUGACCAUGGAUCUGGCUCUAAGUCUAGUGAGGAUCUGGGAGUACAGACCUCUAAAUUCCCCUCAAGGCAGCAAGCUCCCUAUCCUGGUCAAACCCAAACUGGAGACGGGCCUCGCUGGUCUCCCCCUGUCCUUCAGGACCCCAGACUAUGACCUCUACUCCCACCCUGGUAUCCCAGAGCUGGUGACCCCCAGCAGUCAGCAGGAGCUGCAGACAGAGCUGUCAGUGAUGGAGGAGCAGUGGCUUGAUGACUAUGUGCAGUGUGGGCCCUUCCGCUUCCAGCAGAGGCUGCUAGAUGAGCAGCAAGGCCAGCUUUGUCAGUAUGAGACUGCUGCAGGUCAGUGUGAUACUGAGCUCCAGAAGGCCCAGCUGCAGGUCCACUCUCUACAGGCCAAGAUCAGAGAGAGCGAGGCCAGGAACCAGAAGCUGCAGAUGCGACUGGGGAACAUGGAGUGUGAGCUACGCUUGGUCAGAGAGGAGGCCCAGAAACAGGAACGAAACGCCCUCAACCUCGCUGAGACUGUCAACAGCAAGGAGACUGAGGCAGCAGAGUUGUACCGGGUCAUAGAGGAGCAGAAUAACAUGCUGUGUUCUUUGAAAGAGCUGGCCAACAGAAACCAGCUCCAGACACUACAGGUGUCUGGGGCAGAGUCAGUGCGAGGGCAGGGGGAGGUGUUGGCCCUCCAGUGCUCUCUGUUCCAGGCCCAGCUGGAGCUGCAGGCAGGCCAGAGGGCCCAGCGUAAAGCCACCAGGAGGGAGGAGGACCUCACCAGAGCCCUGCACCGCCUGGAGACAGACCUACAGGGAGCAAUGGAGCACAGACACAGUACUGAGCGACACAACCAGGACUUGCAUCUGGCACUUGAGAAAGCUCGCUCAGAGCUGCAGCAGAGAGAUGAACAGCUGAAAGAGAGGAAGGGAGAGAUACAGAGAGAGGAGGAGGAGAGAGAGAAGAGCAUCAGAGAGCUGAGGACCUCACUACAGACCAAAGAGCAGCUGGUGCAGGAGUACUCAGAGUUGUUGGACCAACAGCAGGAGCCCAGGGACAAGAGGGAUUCUCUCCUCACCAAACUGAAAGAUCGCAUCAAGGACAGGGACAGAGCACUGGAGCGAGCGGUGGAUGAGAAGUUCCGCUGUGUGGAGGAGAAGGAGGGAGAGCUGCGCCGGCUACAGCUACUGCUCAGAGAGAAAGAGAGAGACCUGGAGAGACAACACUGUGUACUGUCCAACAACGAAGAGACCAUCACGAGUCUGGAGGUGCUGGUGCGGGGGAAGGGUUUGGAGCUGCAGCAGGUGUGUGAGGCGUGGAGGAGUGUACAGCGCCACCAUGAGGACAGUGAGGAGAGACACAGCCGCAGCCUGAGAGAGAGAGACACACUCAUUAGCCAGCUACAGAACGCUCUGCACACACGCACCAAGGAGGCUGAGGACCUGACUGGAGCCCUGCUAGAUAAGGUGAAUGCAGGUCCCACUGAGGUGGUGGAGGAGUUGAAGGCUCGCCUCUCUCUGAAGGAGAAAUUGUUCCAGGAACUGCUGUCCGACCGCAGCCGUCAGUCCCAGGAGCACCACUCACAGGUCCAGGACCUGCUCAACACCAUCGGCACCAGAGACCAGUACAUCCAGGAAUCGGCAGGUCGUCUGGGUGAGGUGAUGAGUGAGCAGACUGUACGUCUCCAGGAGCUCCGCAGACAGCUAACCUCUGGCUCUCAGCUAGGUCUUCAGGGUCCAGACUUCCAGGGGACCAGCCAGGACCUCCGGGCCUUGCAGGAUGAGCUGCGUCUGGCCCUGAGGAGGGAGAGGGAGGCCCAGGCUGAACUCACAGCCCUCAGGACCCAGGGCUCUGCCAGGCCAGCUGACAGGCAGGCAGAGUUUGGAGAAUUCAGCUCAGAGGACGAUUAUGAUGAAGAUCUCAACAGUAACUAUGCAGACAGCAUGGAGAAAGAGGACUCCAAACUGACAGCUCGAACCCUAGCCACCAUGCAGCACUCUGGAGGACUUGGGAAGGGGAAGCUAUCCCAGGAGGCAGUGGGAGAGGCCCAGGGGCUGGUGGAGGUGAAACAGCUGGUGCAACAGAAGAGGGUGGUGGAGAGAGAGCUGCAGGAGCUCAAGGCUCAGCUGGAGAAGGCCGGCUUCUCCUCCCUGUCCAGGAUGAGGAAAGCCCUCUUCAGCCUACGCAUGGAGAACGUGGAGCUGAAGUCUCACCAGACAGAGAGACAGUCAGAGACAGACCCCAGCGAUGAACAGAGAUUCCUGGAAGAAGAGGAGGAUGAAGAAGAGCUGGAUGUGGAGGAGGAAGAAGAGGAGCUGUGUGAGGUUGAUCUAUCUGAUGGCUGGGAUGAGCACUGUGCCCCCAGGCCCACCUUGAGAGACCCUGGCCUGGGGAUGAGACCCUGCACUAGGCCUGUCUCUCUGGACCUGGGAGCCCUGCUGUCCCACUCCACACAGGAAGGGGAAGACAUCACACCAAAUUAUACUCUAAUGACGCGUGCUACCGUAUGUAUGGAUGAUGAUGAGGGGGACGCAGGAGGAGGAGAAGCUGGAGGCAGGAAGCAGAGCCCCACAGAAACAGUGAUGGUUGAGAAUGCUGUGUGGCUCCGGCUGGAGAGCGAGGAGUUGCAGGAGAGACUCAUGGUGUCUGAGGCCACUGUGGAGGCUCAGGCUGAACAGCUCAAAGACUACAGAGACCUACUGACGGAGACGUCUGUGCAGCAGGACAGUAAGCAGGUCCAGGUGGAUCUACAGGACAUGGGCUAUGAGACGUGUGGUCGCAGUGAGAAUGAAGCUGAGAGGGAGGAGACCAGCAGCCCAGAGUUUGACGAUCUGGAGAUGUGCACGUCUCUGGAGUGCGGCGGCUCCCAGUGGUGGUCAGGCGUUGUGCAUCCUGGGAAGGCCAGUCCUCCAACAUCAACCUCCGAGGCUGAUGACUUCACAUCUCUCCAGCGAUUGGUUGAGGAUCUGCGCUCGCAGCUCUCCCGCUCCCAGAUGGUGAUCCGGAGCCUCCAGGGCCGCCUGCGCUCCCUCUCCACCUCCAGCGACCCCUUCGGCCCCUCCACCCCCCGCAAGGUCAGCUGGGCCUUGCAGUUCCAGUCCUCGCUCUCCCAGAGCGGCCUGGAUGAGGACGAGGGCUGGGAGUCGUCUGGUGGGGGUCUAGGGCCCAAACCCGACAAGGACCUCCAGGAGCUGGUGUCUCGCGUGGGAGCCCUGGAGGACCAGCUGAGGAGGGCCAAAGGGACCCCAGCAGGGACUCCAGGGCUCCCUGCAGAGGGAAAGGCUGCCACCUGGCCUGGUCCUGGGAAGUUUGAUACCCUAAUACAGGCGCAGGCCCGUGAGCUGUCGCACCUGCGCCAGAGGACGCGAGAGGGGCAUGGCGUUUGCCACAUCCUGACCCAGCACCUGGGCGACACCACCAAGGCCUUCGAGGAGCUGCUGCGUGCCAACGACAUCGACUACUACAUGGGCCAGAGCUUCAGAGAACAGCUGGCACAGAGCAGCGCCCUGGCACAGAGAGUCAGCACCAAGAUCAGCGGACGGGAUCAUCCAGAGAUUCCUGAUGACAAGACUGGCACAGAGCUGCUCGCCAUACGGCUGAGUAAGGAGCUCCAACAGAAGGAUAAGUUCAUUGAGUCUCUCCAUGCCAAACUCAACCAGCACCAGCCACGUUCUGACACACCCUGCAGUAGCCAUGCCCUCUCUGACACCACGGACCAAUCAGACCACAUCUCAUUCGUGUCUGAUGAGCACGGCUCCACCAAUGAGGACCUGGAGCUGUGCUCAGACAUAGACGCAGCCAGCGAGUAUGGCCAGGAGGACAGACGUGCCUCCACUAGAGCUAGUACAGAUUCUCACUGUAACAGUGUACCCAUGUCACACCACCCCUCCACCCCUCCAUCCACCACUUCAUCCCACGGACACCAGUCCUCCAUCAGCUGUCCAAGCAUGCAGCUGUCAGGGGACACACAGACACAGACAGCCCUCUACAGUGGGCCAGUGUCCAGUUCCCUCCCCACCCCUCCCCAGCCCCAGCCCCAUCCCCAACCCCAGCCCCUCUACCACCCAGACCUCUCCUCUCAGAGAGCCCCUCUGCCCUUUGACCCCCACACGGGCAACCUGCGACCCCGUUACCAUGGCAGCGGGCCCGGGGGCUUCUCCCUGGCAGAGGUUCACCAGGAGCUGCAGAUGUUACAGAGGCAGCUGGGAGAUACUGAGCGUUUUUCAGUUCCUUCAGCCAAGCCAUUUGUUGGCUUCCCCAUGUUGGCCCACCCCAAGGCAGAUCCCUCCAGUUACCUGCCACAGCCUCUGUCCUACCACACCUUCCACCCAUCUCCACUCAGUGGCCCCAUGAAGGCAGGCGCCAGUCUCCUGGAGAGCAGUGCAAUGUGGGACAUGGCUUACGGUGCUCAGCCAAUUAGAAUUGGCGCUGCUGAUUUGUCAUCAGGGUCGUCAGGAUACCAGUCUGGCACCAGCCAUACAGGUUCUGACCUGAUGAAGGAGCACCUGAGGGAGAUCAGGAGUCUACGUCAACGCCUGGAGGAUUCCAUCCAGACCAAUGAGCGCCUCCGACAGCAGCUGGAGGAGAGACCAGUCAACCAAGCCAGAGACAAAGGUGCCCCCACCAACAUCUACAUCCAGGGCUUGGACUCUGUCAGCCAGCUUCCCGGUGAGAUCAGAGCUCUGAAAGAGGAGAACCUCAGCCUGCAGGCCCGACUCCAACAAGCCAGCAGAGACGGCAGUAAGGAGGCAGAACAGCUGCGGGAGGCGGUGCUGUUGGGGCGUGCCCGUGUGAAGGAGGCAGAGUUUGAGACCGAGCAGUGGGCGGAGCAGGGCAGGAGGCUGCAGAAGCAGACACAGGAUCAGACCCUGGAGAUCACCAAGCUGAAACAGGACAGGCAGAACAACCAGGAUGCCAUCAAAAGGUUGCAGCACGAGGUGAAUGUCUUGCAGCAGCAGGUGUGUGAGAGCCGUGGCCUCAUCCACUCUCUACAGUAUAAGCUGCAGAUAUAUCACAGAGUGUGUGGCGUCCCCAAGAAUACACAUACGGGUGAGGGGUCACACACAGGGGAGUCUGCGCCCUUUGACCCCAGGGACCUGCAUGUUCAGCUGGGGCAGCAGUUGACCUCUGCGACAUGCCCUCCUGGAGCGAGGAGACAGCUCUUCCACGACCCUGCUCUCUCUCCCCCUGUCCGAGACACUGGACUCUUCAGCCCUGCUUCCCCUCUCUCCCCUACACUGGAACCCCAGGAGACUGACUCUGCUCUGGAGGGCCAAGCCCCAGACGGCUCUUUUGCAAACCGUAAUGGCCGCCACGCUGUGGGGCAUGUUGAUGACUUCCGUGCCCUACAGCAGCAGAUCCUAGAGGGACACGUCCUCAUCGGCAAGAUGGAGGUUGCCCUCCAGGACACUGCCAACCAAGCCCUGCUGGAGCUCAGCCUGCAUAAGCCUGUGGACCCUGGCUUGGUGAGGAGACUGCUGACUAGCACUAAGACCCUGCGGCAGAUCCUUGAGGAAGCCAGCUCCCUGCUCAGAAUGUUCUGGAGGGCAGCCCUGCCCAGUUGUGACGGGUUCUCUCAGAGCACCAAGGAGCUGUCUCUAAAGGAGGAGGUCCACACGCUGCGUCAGCGGAUCUCACAGCAGGAGGAGGCCCUAAGGGACGCCAUGGAGACACUGAAGAGCUCCAACCGCACCAAAGACAGCAUGGAACACUUCAUCGUCAGCCAACUGUCGAGAACAAAGGAUGUCUUGAAGAAGGCACGGACAAACUUAGAGGAGAACAAGCAGAGAAUGUCCUCCCUCGGCCUCACUUCUCCCCCCCCUUCCUCCUCCUCUUCGUCCUCUUCCUCCCGUCCCUGGGUUGGUAAAGGUGAAAAUCCAAGACGCUUCUGUGAGCUCACCCAGUCUGCUGGUUGAGGUGUCGUGAAGCCCCAGAUCCAGGCUCCAUCACCCAGGACUCCUACUGUCCCAUGGCCUAGUAAUACCCAGGGUCUGACCCAAGGGGUUAACAGACUGCGCCCCCUACAGGCAGCCUCUUUGUGAUGCACCAGCUUCAGCGUCCUCCUUAUACUGGGAGACAGGACAGGACUCUUCCUGUUUAAAAGGAAACAAAGUACAACCAGGUCUUUGGUUAAAUAGGGGGAACACUUCGAUUGAGGGGAGACUGUCUGAUAGUUAGUAGAGGUUCAGCCAGGUGCUCUCUGUGAUGUUUAUAAAUGUUGACGACUAUCUAUGUCAGGUGUUAUGUAUAGCUUUUGUAGGUGCUACGAAGGUUUCUCAACUGAAGUGUUACCCCUAUUUUACCUGAUAUAUAUAUAUAUAUAUAUAUAUAUAUAUAUAUAUAUACAGUACCAGUAAAAA